AUGUCACAGAGGCAUUUUCCUACAGAAACCAAAGAGGAGCAAUAUCUCAAGAUGACUGAAGCCAACAUUCCCUCAGAAGAGGAAUUGUCACCAUUUCUCACCUUCUUACUUUUAACAGUUAUCGGUACUGAGUGCCUCAUUGGUAUCAUUGCAAAUGGGUUCAUCACAGCUAUAAAUGCAGCUGAAUGGGUUCAGAAUAAGGCAGUUUCCACGAGUGGUAGGAUCCUGUUUUUCCUGACUGUAUCUAGAAUAGCUCUCCAAAGCUUCAUGACGGUUGAAAUUACCCUCACUUCAGUCUCCCUAAGUUUUUAUUAUGAAGAUGCUGUAUGUGAUGGAUUCAAAGUAAGUUUCAUGUUCUUAAAUUUCUGUAGCCUGUGGUUCGCUGCCUGGCUCAGUUUCUUCUACUUUGUGAAGACAGCUAAUUUCUCCUAUGCCCUUUUCCUCAAGCUGAAGUGGAGAAUUUCUGGACUGAUGCCCUGGUUUCUGUGGCUAUCAAUGUUUAUUUCCUUCAGCUACAGCAUGCUCUUCUGCAAAAAUAUCUACACUGUGCAUUAGAAUAAUUCUUUUCCUAUCCCCUCCCCCAAUUCCACCAAGAAAAAAUACUUCUCUGAGACCAAUUUGGUCAACCCGGCUUAUUCGUACAACCUGGGGAUGUUACUUCCUCUGAUCAUGUUCAUCCUGGCAGCCAUCCUGCUGAUCAUUUCUCUCAAGAGACACACCAUACAGAUGGGCAAUAAUGCCAGAGGCUCCAGGGACCCCAGCAUGGAAGCUCACAUGGCCAUCAGAGCCACCAGCCUCUUCUUCAUUCUCUAUAUUUUCAAUGCAGUUGCUCUGUUUCUCUAUAUAUCCAACAUCCUUGACACUUACAGUUUCUGGCAUAUUUUAUGCAAAAUCAUCAUAACUGCCUACCCUGCUGGCCACUCAGUUCUGCUGAUUCAGAACUACCCUGGGCUGAGAAGAGUCUGGAAAUAGCUUCAGGCUCAAACUCAUGGUUAA